AUGUCUGUGCCAGUUCCUGCACCGAGCCGACGCCAGGCUCUCAGCGUGAGAAUUGGUGUCACGUUCAUCAGCAACGGCCCCGACACCCACAUCAUCGUACCCGACACUUUGAGCGAGGAUUUCGUGAGAAGAAUGGCAAACAAUCUCAGCGCCCGCUCCCAGCAGCCUGUCAAGGUAUUUCAUGAUGCUGGCAGCGAGACUUUCCGCGUGUGCCCGUGGCGCCCCGGAAACGCUCUGGAUCCUGCGCUGUACGGCGUUUUACGUUUCGAGUGCAACGCCAUUCGCCUGCAGACCACGUACCCACGAGACAACCGGGCUCAAGCCCUCUACACCCUCUAUCACUCUGCGGAGUUGCGGGAGGAAGAGCCACAUUUGUGCGAGGAGGAGAUCGCACUCCUUGUCCGAACCAUGUGGGAAGCUGAGCCUUUGGGGGAACAGCAGCUUUGGGAAUACUGGGCCUGGGAGGAAAGAUGCGACCUCCAUCGUCGACUUAUCGGCCUCUGA